UCCAGCGUAGUGCACCCCACUAAGAAAUUUCACCCCUCCACGCAAGCUUGAGCUACAUGGUAUCCGUACAGUGAAUGACGUGCCAGCUUCCAGCCGAAACCCGCCACAGCAAUUCUCGCAAGCACUUCCGCUACACCUGGACCUUCUCACAACUUCUCUUCGGCAGACAAACCGACCCCUUGACACGAGUCCCCUACUAAGAAACGAUCGACCGUACUCCCCCCGACCGUCUCGACCACCACUCCUCUUUCACGUUGACACGUCAACGUCCUUCCUUUACGACCCUUCCGCCGCACGGGGAGACCACCCAGUCAAGAAGCCCUCUCCCCGUUCGAGUACAGGACGGCAACAGCCACGAUGGAGGCCGAAACACUCGAACAAUUGCAGGCGCGGCAUCGCAAAGAGCAGCGCGACCUCGUCGGGCGCAUCACCAGCAAGAAGAAGAACGCGACCAAGAAGACGCGCAAGGGCGUCAACGAGGAAUGCGCCGAGCUGGAGAGGCGGCUCAAGGAGCGGCAAGAAGAGGAGCUCGCAACCCUGAUCGGCGGAGGCGCGACCGCCGAUGCAGACGCCGGGGAGGAGGCGGAGGACGCCACAACGCAGGACGACGCCGCCGCCGCCGCCGCCGCCACCACCGAGAUCGCCGACAGGCUCAAGGAGACGUCCCUCUCGGAGCCCGCACCGCCCACACCGCCGGCCGGAGACGAAGCCCAGACACCGAGCCAGGGACAGGGCAAGAAGCGCAACAGGCAAAAAGAGCGCAUGGCGCGGCGGGCGGCGGAGCUCGAGGCGGCCGCCGUCAAGGCCGAAGAGGAGGCGCGGAACAUGACGGACCACCGCGGCGCCGAGAAGACGUACAUGCUCAAGGAGUUCAAGACGCACUCGCUCGCCGAGAAGGAGAUCGCCCCGGACGGGCACUGCCUCUUCUCGGCAGUGGCGGACCAGCUCGCGCACAAGGGUAUCCCGCUGGGGGCGCCCGCCGACGCCGCGGCGGGCGACGCGCAGCAGCAGCAGCAGCAGCAGCAGCAGCCGUACAAGGUCGUGCGGCGUGCGGCGGCGGAGUGGAUGGCGCGUCACCCGGACGACUUUGCGCCCUUCCUCGAGGAGGACCUGGAGGCGUACACGCGCAAGAUCCGGGACACGGCCGAGUGGGGCGGGCAGCUGGAGCUGGCGGCGCUCGCCAACGUGUACGGGGUCGAGAUCCGGGUCGUGCAGGACGGGCGGACGGAGAGGAUCGGGCCGAGCGCCGCCGGCGAGGAGUCCGGGGCGGAAAAGGGGGAGAUCUGGCUGGCGUACUAUCGGCACGGGUACGGGCUGGGCGAGCACUACAACUCCCUGCGGAAGACGGCGUGAUGGUCGGUUCACCGGGACCAUUAAGACAGGGCAGAAGAGCGGUAGAGAAAUUUCGCGGGUGUAGAUGACGGAUUUUCUUUUUCUAUGUACGACAUACGCACAGGAGGGGGCGUUUCGCGUGGUAUAGACAUAUGCAAACACAGACAGACAGACAGACAGACAGACAGACAGACAGACA